AUAUGAUCGUCCUUCCAUUCCGCCUCUCUAAAAUCAGGAGUGAAGAGCGUCUGUACGUUGAUUUUCAGCUAGAUCCUAAUCUUCCAACUAAGCAAAAUGAAGAUUGUUGCCGCAUAUUUGUUGUUGGUUUUGGGAGGAAAGACCAGUCCAACCGCUGAGGAUAUCAAGGCCGUUCUCGCAUCAGUUGGAGUUGAUGCUGAUGAAGAGAAGAUUGAAUUGCUUUUGGGUUCUGUCAAGGGUAAGGACAUAACCGAAUUGAUCGCUGCUGGUAGGGAGAAAUUGUCUUCUGUUCCAUCCGGUGGUGGUGGUGCUGUGGCGGUUUCCGCUGCCGCUUCUGGUGGCGCCGCCGCUGCUCCGGCUGCAGAGCAGAAAGAAGAGAAGGUUGUGGAGAAGGAAGAAUCUGAUGAUGAUAUGGGAUUCAGUCUUUUUGACUAGAUAAUGCUUUGAAUGAAUGAAGGAUGUGAGAAACUACAUUUUGAUGUUUGUUUUUCAUUACUUAAUAUUUUUAUCUUUUUUUGCUUUGGAAGAACCUUAGUGUUUGUACUUUUAUUUAUUAUGAAUUUCAAGAUUUUGUUACUUUUUAUUGGAUUGGAGGAUAGUUUCUUUGUUUUAUUUGA